UAAAUGCGGGUCGCACAUCUCAGCCCGACCCGCCCUGGCCCCGUUGGCAACAGGAAAAAGGCCCAAAUUGCAGCAAUUGAGAACAGAAAGAAUGGCGGCAACGACCGACGAAGAAAUGGACUCUCUCCUCUCCACUGUCGAUCAAAUCUACCAGGACUUCAAGGACGGCGUAGCGGAAAUCCAAUCGGUGAAAUCCGCCUGCAAUGCCGAGGCGAAGAAGCGAGAAGCUCUUGAAUUCACCUGCAACAAUCUCAAACAAGAGAAUGAGCGAUUGACGAGAAUGUACACCGAGUCUCUGAACGACCUUGCUGAUCAGCUCGAACGGCGUAGCACAUGCCAGGGCUUGAAGGAAGAGCUCAAGAGAGUUAGGGAUGUAUGCCUUGGUAAAGAAGAAGAGCAUAGGAAGGCUAUGGAAUUGGUCAAGCAAGACUGUGCAGCCAAGGUUGAGGAAUUGGAGGCUCAAAUUAGAGGGUUUCUUGCGGAAAAGGCAAAAAAUGAAGCAACCAUUGAUCACCUUCGACAGGAUUUAGCUGCACAUAAGUCCCAUAUGCAUGUUAUGCAAAGCAGAUUGGACCAAGUCCAAUUGGAUGUGGAAACAAAAUCAGAUGUUUUUGAGAUUCAGGAUUUGAAGGACUGUAUUGCAAUCGAACAGGAGGAGAAAAAUGAGUUGAAUAGAAAACUCCAGGAUUUAGAAAAAGAAAUGCUGGUUAGCAGAUCAAAGCUUGUGCAGCAGCAACGAGAUUCGAAUUCAAAUUGGCAGGUUGAAACACUUAAGACCAAGCUUAUGAAGCUGAGGAAGGAGAAUGAGAUCUUAAAGCGCAAACUACAUGCAGAUGAGGGCUAGAUGGCGGCAACACAAAGCAUUUGGAUUAUGAACCCAACUACUUGUCAGCCUCAGAACUUGUCUGCACUAGUGGAUCAACAGCAUUAAUGCAAAAAUCUUGUACUGUAUAGUUUCAAACGCAAUAUUGGUGAUCUGUGGAGGUGUUUGACUGGCUGUUUUGCAGGGCUUGGACAAAGAGGUUAUUGAAAUUUGAAGUUCAGGACUGUUAUAUCAAAGUAUCACAAAGCUUUUAUUUCAGAUUCAAUGAGGCAUUGUGUUGCCCUUAAUGAAGUUGAUAAAUGCAUUUUGGGUCAAGCUCA